UGGGUUGUUACAUGGAUCAAGAACCCCGAACCUUGAACGAAAAGAUGACUGUCUCUACAACAAUGACAGUGGACAGCUGCCGAAAAACGUGUACGGAUCUGAAGUUUAAAUACUACGGUGUAGAGUAUAGUGCACAGUGUUUUUGUGGAAAUCAACCGUUGAACGUGAGGAAAAUGAGGGAGGGCGACUGUUUGAAACCGUGCGCAGGUGAUAGAACUCAGGCUUGUGGUGGGUCAUGGAGAAUUGCUGUGUAUGAAAAUCCACAAAACAUACCAACCGCCAUCGUAAGGAAAGAAUUUGUUGGUUGUUACAUGGAUCAACAAGCCCGAACCUUGAACGAAAAGAUGACUGUCUCCACAACAAUGACAGUGGACAGCUGCAGAAAAACGUGUACGGACCUGAAGUUUAAAUACUACGGUGUAGAGUACAGUUCACAGUGUUUUUGUGGAAAUCAAUUAAUGAACGUAAGGAAAAUGAGGGAGGGCGACUGUUUGAAACCGUGCGAUGGAGAUAGAACACAGGCUUGUGGUGGAAAUUGGAGAAUUGCUAUAUAUGAAAAUCCUCUAUACAUACCAACUGCCAUCGUAAGAAAAGAAUUUGUUGGUUGCUACAUGGAUCAACAAGCCCGAACCUUGAACGAAAAGAUGACUGUCUCUACAACAAUGACAGUGGACAGCUGCCGAAAAACGUGUACGGACCUGAAGUUUAAAUACUACGGUGUAGAGUACAGUUCACAAUGUUUUUGUGGAAAUCAAUUAUUGAACGUGAGGAAAAUGAGGGAGGGCGACUGUUUGAAACCGUGCGAUGGAGAUAGAACACAGGCUUGUGGUGGAAAUUGGAGAAUUGCUAUAUAUGAAAAUCCUCAAUACAUACCAACUGCCAUCGUAAGAAAAGAAUUUGUUGGUUGUUACAUGGAUCAAACAUACCGAACCUUGGGCGAAAAGAUGACCUCCUCUACAGCAAUGACAGUAAACAGGUGCAGAAAAACGUGUACGGAUUUGAAGUUUAAAUACUACGGUGUAGAGUAUAGUUCGCAGUGUUUUUGUGGAUAUGACCUUAUACAUGCAAUAAAAGUGAGUGAGGAAGACUGUCUGACACCGUGCGCAGGUGAUAGAACACAGGCUUGUGGUGGGUCAUGGAGAAUUGCUGUUUAUGAAAAUCCUCGAUACAUAUCACCUGCCAUCGUAACAAAAGAAUUUGUCGGUUGCUACAUGGAUCAAGAAACUAGAACAUUGAACGGAAAGAUGACCAUCUCUACAAAAAUGACAGUGGACAGCUGCAGAAAAACGUGUACAAAUCUGAAGUUUAAAUACUACGGCGUAGAGUAUAGCGAAGAGUGUUUUUGUGGAAAUAAACUGACAACCAUAACAAAAAUGAGAGACGGCGACUGUUUGAAACCGUGCACAGGUGAUAAAACACAGGCUUGUGGUGGAGACUGGAGAAUUGCUGUGUAUGAAAACCCUUAUAUCACACCACCAACUGCCAUUGUCAUGAAAGAAUUCGUUGGUUGCUACAUGGAUCAACAAGCCAGAACCUUGAACGAAAAGAUGACUGUCUCUACAACAAUGACAGUGGACAGCUGCAGAAAAACGUGUACGGAUCUAAAGUUUAAAUACUACGGCGUAGAGUAUGGAAAAGAGUGUUUUUGUGGAAAUAAACUAACAACCAUAAAGAAAAUGAGAGACGGCGACUGUUUGCAACCGUGCACAGGUGAUAAAACACAGGCUUGUGGCGGAGAUUGGAGAAUUGCUUUGUAUGUAAACCCUUAUAUUACACCACCAACUGCCAUCGUUAAAAAAGAAUUUGUUGGUUGUUACAUGGAUCAACAAGCCAGAACCUUGAACGAAAAGAAGACCAUCUCUACAACAAUGACAGUGGACAGCUGCAGAAAAACGUGUUCGGAUCUAAAGUUUAAAUACUACGGUGUAGAGUAUGGAAAAGAGUGUUUUUGUGGAAAUAAACUAACAACCAUAAAGAAAAUGAGAGACGGCGACUGUUUGCAACCGUGCACAGGUGAUAAAACACAGGCUUGUGGCGGAGAUUGGAGAAUUGCUUUGUAUGUAAACCCUUAUAUUACACCACCAACUGCCAUCGUUAAAAAAGAAUUUGUUGGUUGUUACAUGGAUCAACAAGCCAGAACCUUGAACGAAAAGAAGACCAUCUCUACAACAAUGACAGUGGACAGCUGCAGAAAAACGUGUGCGGACCUGAAGUUUAAAUACUACGGUGUUGAGUAUGGAAAAGAGUGUUUUUGUGGAAAUAAACUAACAACCAUAAAGGAAAUGAGAGACGGCGACUGUUUGCAACCGUGCACAGGUGAUAAAACACAGGCUUGUGGCGGAGAUUGGAGAAUUGCUUUGUAUGUAAACCCUUAUAUUACACCACCAACUGCCAUCGUUAAAAAAGAAUUUGUUGGUUGUUACAUGGAUCAACAAGCCAGAACCUUGAACGAAAAGAAGACCAUCUCUACAACAAUGACAGUGGACAGCUGCAGAAAAACGUGUGCGGACCUGAAGUUUAAAUACUACGGUGUUGAGUAUGGAAAAGAGUGUUUUUGUGGAAAUAAACUAACAACAAUAAAGAAAAUGAGAGACGGCGACUGUUUGAAACCGUGCACAGGUGAUAAAACACAGGCUUGUGGCGGAGAUUGGAGAAUUGCUUUGUAUGUAAACCCUUAUAUUACACCACCAACUGCCAUCGUUAAAAAAGAAUUUGUUGGUUGUUACAUGGAUCAACAAGCCAGAACCUUGAACGAAAAGAAGACCAUCUCUACAACAAUGACAGUGGACAACUGCAGAAAAACGUGUUCGGAUCUAAAGUUUAAAUACUACGGUGUAGAGUAUGGUAAAGAGUGUUUUUGUGGGAAUAAACUAACAACCAUAAAGAAAAUGAGAGACGGCGACUGUUUGCAGCCGUGCACAGGUGAUAAAACACAGGCUUGUGGCGGAGAUUGGAGAAUUGCUUUGUAUGUAAACCCUUAUAUUACACCACCAACUGCCAUCGUUAAAAAAGAAUUUGUUGGUUGUUACAUGGAUCAACAAGCCAGAACCUUGAACGAAAAGAUGACUGUCUCUACAACAAUGACAGUGGACAGCUGCCGAAAAACGUGUUCGGAUCUGAAAUUUAAAUACUACGGUGUUGAGUAUGGUAAAGAGUGUUUUUGUGGGAAUAAACUAACAACCAUAAAGAAAAUGAGAGACGGCGACUGUUUGCAACCGUGCACAGGUGAUAAAACACAGGCUUGUGGCGGAGAUUGGAGAAUUUCUUUGUAUGUAAACUCUUUUUACUAAACAAACAGGAAAAGGCGAUAUCUAAGUGGCAAACAUAUGGUGUAAAGAUGCUAAUAAAAUUUAUUGCACUCGUAAAUCG